UUAUGCGUUAAAGUAUAAAGAUUAUCUUUGUUUUGGUGAUUUUAUAUAUAGAUUUCGUCAAUAUAUAAUACGAAAUAAAUUGACGGAAAUAUAUAUUUCAUGUAUGAAAUGAUACUGUCAUUAUAUUGUUUAAUGAGGUUACGUCAGUAUAAAUGACAAUAUAUUAGUUAAAUAUAAAGUCAACCUAAAAGUCAUGUAAAAGAAAUGUUCAAAAAGAUUGGAAUUGAAACAUUUUGUUAAUUUCAAUUGUGAUACAUUACAAUAUAAAUACUUUGUGAGAAUUUAAUGAAUGAAGGCAAAACGAGAUAUUUUGCGGGGGGUCUUUACUGGGGUUAUUGUUACCCAGGUAGACCAAAAAUCCGCUUUAAUAGUAAGCUUUCAAUCAAGACUGCCAAUGUAAGACUGAAUUACUAAUGUAUGGAAUAAUUGUCUUUAACAUUAAAUACGGACAGCAUCAAUGGGAAACUGUUUCUCGUGUUUUAAGGUGUCUCUUCCACCAGCCACUGCCACUAGAUCUUCAUCAUUUGAUUAUAAGGACGAAACAAUGGAACUGAGAGGUUCAUUCUUAAAUUCUUGCCAACAAACUGGGUCUUUAGUGCCUGAAACACAUAUAAAUGGAAACAAAAAAUCAAUAACUACACUAUCAACAUUCAACAAUGUAGGAUCUGAUAAUUGUGGAUCUAUGCCUACUACAAUACAAAAUAAUUUGCGUUCAUCAAGAGGGUUUUAUGCACGAUUAUCACCAUUGGGUAAAUCUGGAACAUCAUCUGGUCUUAAUACAACUGAAUCAAAACAGAAAGAACCAUCAGAAAACAAGUUAAAUACUUUAUUUGAUCACUAUAAGGAUUCACAUGAAGACGUAAUUUUAGCUGAUGGUAUAGAAAGAUUUUGUAAUGAUUUACAAUUGUCACCAGAUGAAUUUAAAGUACUUGUUCUUGCUUGGAAAUUGAAUGCUAAACAGAUGUGCCAAUUUACACGUCAAGAAUUUGUAACAGGUUUGAAAAUGAUGAAAGUAGACAGUAUACGUGGUAUACAAGCAAGAUUACCUGAAAUUGUUCAAGAAUUAAUUGUAAACAAUGAUUUAUUUAAAGAUCUCUAUAGAUUUACAUUCCGAUUCGGUUUAGAUGUUAAUUCUGGUCAGAGAAUAUUACCAGCUGAUAUGGCAAUUGUUUUAUGGAAACUUGUUUUUACAAUACGUGAACCACCUCUUUUGUUAAAAUGGCUUAAAUUUCUUGAGUGUCAUCAUGUUCGAGGCAUACCUAGAGAUACAUGGAAUAUGUUUUUAAAUUUUGCUGAAAGUAUUGGCAAUGAUCUUAGCAUUUAUGAUGAUGCAGAAGCAUGGCCAAGUUUAUUUGAUGAUUUUGUAGAAUAUGAAAAUGAUCAAAUGAACCAAAAUAUCAGUAAAGAUGAUUUGAAGGAUGCUUCUAUUGAUAAUUAAUAAUAGGAAAAACUAAUUGUAAACAAAUAUUCUCAUUAUAUAUUCAAUCUCUGAACAUAAUUAUUUAAAAUUGUUUGACACUGAAAUGAAAAAAAUAUUCAUCUUAUGAUA